UUGCAAAAGAUCCACGGUUCGCAUCGAUGUGACUGUUCGCUUCGUCUCGUCAUCAACACACCUCCCCAAAACCUGCAUCCGCCCUCUCGAAACAAUGGUCUUUUGCCUUCAAUCUUCCCGAGAGAUAGCACCAUAAUAAAUAGACCAAGCUAGCUACAGUAGAUCAUGACGACAUCUUCCAACCACCACCAUCACCGAGUACCAUCAUUUCAUUUGCUCUUGCUGAGCAUCUUGGCCAUGACGGCCAUACUGACUUGGCUUGGAACACACUGGAUUUUCUAUUAUGCCUCCGAUCAACCGCACCAAGCAGCAUCCAUCUUGAAAGUUUAUCUGGAAGAGAGCAAACAGCAACUGGCAAUCGAAAAAUUGUCAGGAGAUGAUAAAUUGGCCCAGGAUAGUUCCACCACUUCUACCAGUAGUAGUGCUACCAAGGAAGCCUCCCUCACAUUACCCACAAAAAAGAAAAGUCAAGCAAUACAGCCACCCAAGCUAUUAAGGGGAAAAGUACAACCAACAGAACAGCCAAACAGAAAAGAAGAACAACCAAAGCAAGCCGCCAGCAGUCAAGAAGAACCACAGAAACAACUUUUGGAGGAAGAGGAAGACCACAGUGUCCAAUUUCAUUUUAUCAUCAGCACCCAGUGCUCGUCCUACCAACUUUGGGAAACCCUCACCACCUUUCAUUCUGCCGAAGCUGUCCAUCAGUGCGGCCAAUUCACCUGGAUUGUUAGUGGAUGUCUACCGGAUCAUGAACACGACAAGGGCAAAGGCAAAGGAGGCGCCAACAGCGACAAUCUAUCAUCUUCUUUUAUUCGAAAACGGGUCCAUGAACACUUUCCGCCAGAAUUCCACGAAACCGAUUGUUCCCGAUUGCAUCCCAAUCUACAUUUCACACCCGAUUUCUCCGACAUGUCCGUCUAUGGAGGCCCCUACGCCAAUGGCAAAAAACGACGCAUCUUUACCAAUCCCAACAAUGGCAAAACCGUGCCUUCCAACUACGGAAAUCACUACUAUUUCAACAAUAAACCAAAUGGACUCUUGCAUUGGGCUACCGCACAACAAGACAAUCAGGAUGUAGAUGAAGCCAUUGUCUUGAUUGAUCCCGAUUUCUUGUUCCUCGCACGCUUUCAUUUGGCAAGGCCGGAUAUGAGUGUUGUGGGACACUCCAAAAAGAAGGACAAACCGUUCACGCAAGACAAGGAUCUCGUCUACAAGGGAAAGCCAGCGGCGGCUUCCUAUGGUCUCGGAGCUCAAUGGCUCGACUUUAAUCGCACGCACAUUUGUGGAGCCGACAGUCCCUGUGUCAAAACCACGCAACAAGAAGUUCACAAACACUAUUCGGCCGGGCCACCCUAUGUCAUUCAUCGGGCCGAUGUCUUGCCCUUGGCCACUAAAUGGGCCGCACUGGUUCCAGCUACGUACGAUGAAUAUCCACUUCUCUAUGCCGAAAUGUACGCCUAUUCCAUGGCAGCGGCACAUUUGCAACUACCGCAUCAUCUCAUUAAUGGGCUCUUUACGGGAUGCAUGGUCGGUUGGCCCAAUCCCAAGCGAUGGGACAAUGCCACCUGGGAAGCCGCCGAACGAAAAGUCAUUGAACAGAGUGCACAGAACUAUCGCGUGCAGCUCGAACAAGAACUAGUGUCUGCGGCAAAGAAAAAACAACCCAUUCGUUCGCACGAAUCAGCCACGAGUUGUUUUGUCAAGCAUCAUUCCAGCAUUCUACCGCCCAUGUUGCAUUACUGUCGACGGUACAUGAUUCCUACUUCGGCGGAAAUGAAACGGGUGGAUCCAAAGGUGACCUACCGAUUCUUUGCCAAGCGAAGAAUGGAGCACAAUACAGUGCUGGAUUGUAACGACAACAAUUACUUUUACCCCUUUGAUUCCACAAAGGAUCAAGAAACCAUUGAAGGAGGCCAUGCCGACUGGAAUGCACUGGCAGUCUGUGCCAUUGCACGGACCGUCAACUUUGCCCGCCAUCGGGGAUGUGAGAGAUUGGCGGCGUCGUAGGUGAAUCAACACGUGAUACUCAAAACAAUCAGCAUGGAUCGAGUUUGGAAAAAGGAAGUAACAUAGACAUGCGCAAUCUUAGGCCUGCAACCAGCGAAGCCACAUUCGACACAGAAGCUCGGAUUGCACCAAAGACUUUGAAGGAGCUCAAAAGGUCCUACCUCGUCAACAUGAGGAGGCUUUCCGGUCAACGUUGCACUAGGGAAGACAAAUGGUAUCUGUCGGCCGAUUUGAAUGUAGAGAGGUCGUUUCUGUGACUCCGCGGGAGUUGCUUUCUGCUCGUUUUGCAAAGCUAUAGACUGAUUCUGUGAUAGGUGCUUUUCUGCACUUUUUGCAAAGCUCUAUUAUAAGAACUUAGCUACAACUUCAGCACCCGGUAUCACUUCUUGAUGUCUCCGGCUUUGAGCUAGCUACGGAGGCACGGUACCUGUCUUUGUUCCACUAGUCCGUGGCAAAAGCAACAGUGGAUCCGAUAUGCAGUACGUUCAUUUCCUUGGCCGUUUGUCGUUGGACUCAAAAGAUGACAAUGGGAAACAAGGGCACAGCUGCAGGUUGCAUUGACCAGGAACCACCAACAUGCGCGCCAAGGGGCUACAGCCGUCGAUAUCUAUGAGAUCUCUGAAAUGCCGUACGAAACGUCCAAGGCGCGGAUCAUUCAGUCAGAAAGUACGUUGCAAAACUGGGGUGCUUGGACAACAGAUUGGCUGCUUUGCCGAUAUGUGAUGCUCCAUCAUGCUCAUGAUGAUCGUAAUGCCCUGCUCCAAUGGCAGGUGCACAUUCCCACGGCCUCAAGAAAGUAAGUGGAAAUACCAUGAGCCACGAGCUCGUCACCAUGCCACAAUGGAUCAAUGGAUCCUCCCUUGAGAUCAGGCCCCCCAUCACCCCAAAGGUGAACCACAAAUCGAAGUAGAUUGAUGCUGUGAGAGUUGCUUUUCUGCGCUUUCUGCAAAGCUCUAUAAGAACUAAGCUACAGCUUCAGCACCUGGUAUCACUUCCUAAUUCCUGAUGUCUCUGGCUUCGAUCUAGCUAGCUACCGAGGCGCGGCACCUGUCUUUGUUCCACUAGUCAGUGGCAACAGCAACUGUGGACCCGAUACAUUCAUUCCAAACAUACCGCAGGCACAGCUGUAGGUUUCCAAGACCCAGAAUCACCAAUAUGCACUGCCCACGCAAAGCUGUCAAUGUCUAUGAGAUCUCCGAAAUGUUGUACUAAUAGACCAAUGCGCCGCUCAUUCUGUCCGAAAGGGCGUACACAAAAGAUUGACUGCUUUGCUCAUGGUACGGUACCUGAUACGCAAUGACAGGUGCCCCUUCCCACGGCCCAAGUGGAUGCAUUGAUGCAUUGAUGCAUUACAUCCUGUACCGGUACUGGUACUCAGAUCUCAGAUUAUGCCACAACGAGAAAUUGGAUCCCUUGAGAUCAGCCCCCUCUUGGAAUGGACCAACAAGUACAAUGGACCAACCAGUAUAACAAUCUGUGGGUUAUCAUGAACAGCUCUGGAGUGUUCCUGAGUACUACUAGCUAGUACUUUGAAAACUUUGUACUGGUCUGGCCUCCAGCCCAGCGCGACUUUGUACUUGAUGGUCCAUUCCUAGCCCUAAGGUGAACCACAAUUAUUGAUGUUGCAACGUACUAGUACGUGCAAUUCCGGCUUCCGGGGGCCGUUCCGGGGGCUACCUACCGGAUACCGGAUACCGGACAUGUACUGUAGCUACUCUGUAACAAAGCCUGUAAAACCUCUGUAAGGUACUGUAGUACUCUUGUACCGGUAGUUGCCAGUUUGCCAGAGCUUUGCCAGUUCGCCAGUUCGUUUCCAGUUUCCGUG